AUGCCCACAGGGCCCCCCAACCUUGGGGACAAUCGUUUCACUUUACUAGCUGAUUCGAUAAGUCCUAAACGUAAAAAAACAAAAUAUAAAGACACAACACCAUUCCCUCAAUUACCUAAAGUUCAACCUCCCAAUCCCAAAUAUAUAAUCAUGCAAACAAUAGACCCUAAAAAACCUAUAUCUAGUUUUUCCUGCUUUGCUGUGAAUAGAGCAAUAGAAUUAAUUAGCAAAGACAUUACAUCUAUAACCCAGCUACGUGAUGGAAACCUCCUCUUAUUGGUGAACAACAAGCAAACUGCUGACAAAUUUCUUCAGUCCAAGGAACUGGUUGGCCUAUGCACAAUUCAAUGUAAGCUACAUGAAAACCUAAAUAGUACAAAAGGAACAAUCUACGCCCCAUAUCUUAAUGACAUCCCAGAAGACGAAAUCAUCAGGGAACUUUCCAGCCAAGGUGUAAUCGACAUUUACAAAUUCCAAAAAAAAAUAGACGAUAAAAUGAUAAAAAGUGGAGUAGUUCUUCUUACAUUCGAUUUAUAUCAUUUGCCAGAAAAAAUCAAAGUUUCUUGGAACACGGUAAAUAUUCGAGAAUAUAUACCCAAUCCGAUGCGUUGCAAAACAUGCCAAAAACUAGGUCACACAAUAAAACAUUGCAAAAAUGAUCCUAUUUGUGUUCAAUGUAACUUACCACCUCAUAAACCAUCAGAUUGUUCUCGCACCCAAUGCGCAAACUGCCUCGAAGAACAUGCAGCCUCAUCUAACAAAUGUACUAAGUUCAUUCAACAGAAAGAAAUUCUUAGAAUUAAAAUUAAAAACAAAUGUACAAUAAGUGAAGCUAAACGUAUUCAUAAGUCUUCCAUAAGUUUAAUAUCUCCAAAUGCCUCUUUCUCCUCAAUUGUAUCAAAUUAUACACCAACACCUAAUAUUGCAAAAAACAAAAAUGAUAUUACCCAUAAUACUAAUUAUAAUAAAAACAUCACAGUAAAUAAAGAAAUUGAAAAAAACGAAAAUAAAGAAGUAAGUAAUAAGACUGCACAAAAACUUACCAUCAAUAGCACAGCUCCCUCCACCUCAUCUACAAACAAUAAAAAAGUAAUUCCAAAUAAUCCCACAACCAUCACAGAACAACAACAAUCAACUACUGAACAAAUCAAACAAAACCAGUUUUUAAAUAAUCAACAACUCUUAAAUAGAGUACAAGAAAUAAUAAAUAAACCUGGAAAGCAACUAACUAAAACACUUGACGAUGCAAUGGAUUAUCAAAUAAUCCAGUCUAGCGAAGAAGAGUAA